AUGAGCGCGCCGAGCCGGGGUCGCCGUCGGGAGCCGCGCAGGCCGCGUGCCGCCGCCGCAGCCAUGGCCUCACCGCUGCCCAGCCGCGCGGGCGGGCCCGCCACGCCGCUGUCGCCCACGCGCCUGUCGCGGCUGCAGGAGAAGGAGGAGCUGCGGGAGCUCAACGACCGCCUGGCACACUACAUCGACCGCGUCCGCGCGCUCGAGCUCGAGAACGACCGGCUGCUGCUCAAAAUCUCCGAGAAGGAGGAGGUGACCACGCGCGAGGUGAGUGGCAUCAAGGCGCUGUACGAGUCGGAGCUGGCCGACGCCCGGCGGGUUCUGGACGAGACGGCCCGGGAGCGCGCGAGGCUGCAGAUCGAGAUCGGGAAAGCAAGAGCCGAGCUGGAUGAGGCUAACAAGAGUGCCAAGAAGAGGGAAGGUGAGCUCACUGUGGCCCAGGGCCGCGUGAAGGACCUGGAGUCCCUGUUCCAUCGCAGUGAGGCAGAACUGGCUGCAGCCCUCAGCGACAAGCGUGGCCUAGAGAACGAUGUGGCAGAGCUCCGGGCCCAACUGGCCAAGGCAGAGGAUGGUCACACAGUGGCCAAAAAGCAGCUGGAAAAGGAGACGCUGAUGCGUGUUGACCUGGAGAACCGUUGUCAGAGCCUGCAGGAGGAGCUGGACUUCCGGAAGAGUGUAUUUGAGGAGGAAGUGCGGGAGACACGGCGGCGGCACGAGCGGCGCCUGGUGGAGGUGGACAGUGGUCGACAGCAGGAGUAUGAUUUCAAGCUGGCGCAGGCGCUGGAGGAGCUGCGCAGCCAGCACGAUGAGCAAGUGCGGCUCUACCGGCUGGAGCUGGAGCAGACCUACCAGGCCAAGCUGGAAAACGCCAAGCUGAGCUCUGACCAGAACGACAAGGCGGCCAAUGCAGCCCGUGAGGAGCUCCAGGAAGCGCGCAUGCGUGUGGAGUCCCUCAGCUACCAGCUCUCAGGCCUGCAGAAGCAGGCCAGUGCCGCUGAGGACCGCAUCCGGGAGCUGGAGGGUACCAUGGCUGGGGAGCGUGACAAGUUCCGUAAGAUGCUGGAUGCCAAGGAGCAGGAGAUGACAGAGAUGCGUGACAUGAUGCAGCAACAGUUAGCCGAAUACCAGGAGCUGCUGGAUGUCAAGCUGGCGCUGGACAUGGAGAUCAAUGCCUACCGCAAGCUGCUGGAGGGCGAGGAGGAGAGGCUGAAGCUGUCCCCCAGCCCAUCCUCACGAGUCACCAUCUCUCGGGCCACAUCGAGCAGCAGCGGCAGCAGUAGUGUGUCUACUGCUGGCCGGCUGGGCCGCAGCAAGCGCCGGCGGCUGGAGGCAGAGGAGUCCCCGGGCAGCGGCUCCAGUGGCAUCGGCUCAGGCAGCAGUAGCAGCAGCAGCAGCUUCCGCUUGGCCCAGCAGGCCUCGGCCAUGGGCAGCGUGAGCAUCGAGGAGGUGGACCUGGAGGGCAGGUUCGUGCAGCUCAAGAACAACUCUGACAAGGACCAGUCCUUGGGGAACUGGAGGAUCAAGAGGCAGGUCCUCGAGGGUGACGAGAUUGCCUACAAGUUCACACCCAAGUAUAUCCUGCGGGCUGGCCAGACGGUCACGGUAUGGGCAGCUGGUGCAGGGGUAACCCACAGCCCCCCAUCAACGCUUGUGUGGAAGAGCCAGAACAGUUGGGGCUCAGGCGAGAGCUUCCGUACCGUCUUGGUCAACUCUGAUGGAGAGGAAGUGGCCGUGAGAGCUGUGAAGCAGUCCUCUGUGGUGCGGGAGAACGAGAAUGGUGAGGAUGAGGAAGAGGAAGCUGAAUUUGGCGAGGAGGACCUUUUCCACCAACAGGGGGACCCACGGACCACCUCAAGGGGCUGCUGCGUGAUGUGAGCAUCUUCAGUUCCGGGCCCGGCCCCGCAGUUGUGGCCUUCCUUCCCAGAGCCACUGAAGACUAUUUUUCUACCGUUGGCCUCCUUAGUCCUUGGUAUAUUUGUAGACACCUGAGCACGGGGUGGGUCUCUGUUGUGCUUCCUGUGGAGGGCGUCCUCACCCUCCCUUCAUCACUUCUCCACUGUCUAGGGGACAAGCCCCAGCAGGGCAGAUAGCUGCUGCAGGACAUGUGUCCCUGCCCACCUGGGAGGUGCAGAGAGUGACCCCUCGGGCCUUGAGGUGGAACUUCUUAGGGAUUCAAUAGUUGCAGGUUUUGUUUCUUUAAUGCUUUUUAAAAACCAAAUUCCAAAUCCAGGUUCCAACCUGGUGGGAGGGUGGAGGGCGCUGGCCUGUUACUAUUUGGCGGCUCUGCUUCUAGCACUGGGAAACCCAUCC